GGCCAGCCUCCAAGUGCGGGCGGGGCGGGGCCAGGUAGAACUGCCUGGCCCGGCGAAGGGACAAUGCGGUGCUGCCGCGCCUGCAGAUUCGACGCAGCCCGAGGCCCUUGGCGGCUUAUGCGCGUGGGCCUCGCCCUCAUCCUGGUGGGCCACGUGAACCUGCUGCUGGGGGCCGUGCUGCAUGGUACCGUUUUGCGGCAUGUUGCCAACCCCCGAGGUGGCGUCACCCCAGAGUACACCACGGCCAAUAUCAUCUCUGUGGGCUCAGGGCUGCUGAGUGUUUCCUUGGGACUUGUGGCCCUCAUGGCAUCCAGGAAUCUCUUUCGCCCACGACUGCACUGGGCCCUGCUGGCAGUAGCUCUGGUGAACCUGCUCUUGUCCGCUGCCUGCUCCAUGGGCCUCCUCCUCGCUGUGUCACUUACUGUGGCCAAUGGUGGCCGCCGGCUCAUUGCCGACUGCCAUCCAGGACUGCUGGAUCCUUUGGUACCACUGGAUCAGGGGUCUGGACACGCUGACUGCCCCUUUGACCCCACAAGAAUCUAUGAUACAGCCUUGGCUCUCUGGAUUCCUUCUCUGCUCAUGUCCGCAGUGGAGGCUGCUCUCUCAGGUUACUGCUGUGUGGCAGCCCUCACCCUCCUUGGGGUUGGACCGUUCAGGAAGGAAAGGCUACAGGGGCAGCUGGAGGAACUGAGAGAGCUUGAACAUCCUAAAUGUAAUAGGCAGGAUAGUGAGCAGCUGCUGGGUCAAACUCAAGAAAUCCAGGCAUCACAGAAAAGCUGGGUUUAGGACAGGUGCUGCUAAUCCAAAGACUCAGUCCACACGGCUUUCCACUGACCUCUAGGAUGACAUAAACAUUGUAAUAAAAGAACUUUUCUUCUA